CAGCAUUCAAAUUCAACAAGGCACUGCACUCUUCACUCCAACCUUGGCACCACAAAAAUCUUCGAUCUUCUUAAUCCUUCAACUUCAACCUUCUUCAUCACUCACAUCACAAAUCAUGGAUGAUUCUUCUACAACACCGCUCUCUCACCAACAAGACCCUCUUCCCCUGCCCCCUUCGCCCCUCAAAAACUCCCUCGACGCGCCGCCGCUGCCGGAGCCCGCCGCCGUACGCCGCCGCUGCAAGACCAAAGCGCCUCAAACGGCGUCCCCGAGGAACGCCCGCAAAUCGAGGCGGCGGUCGGAGCUCGAGAUUCGAGAAGACAAAGAUCCCGCCUUGCCCGAAGAGGUUGCGAAACCCAGAAAGAGAAGGCAAACGGGGAAAACUAAGAAGGAAAAACCUAACUCCGUUCCACCUUCAACCCCGUUAACAAAAAGUGAAGAAGGGAACGGUGGUGACCUAGACCGUGUUGGGCAGGUGGUGAGUGAUUUGAUCAUGUGGAAGGAUGUGUCAAAGUCAACCUUUUGGUUUGGGUUUGGCUCUCUCUUUCUUUUCUCUUCUUGCUUCACUCAAGGAAUCAACUUUAGCAUUUUCUCGGCCUUGUCGCAAUUGGGGAUACUCUUCUUGGGUGUUUCGUUUUUCUCCAAUUCAAUUUGUCAAAGGAAUAAGGUUGAAGAAAAUAAGUGUGAAGUCAAGCUGAAAGAAGAUGACAUUUUGCGCCUUGCGAAAUUAAUUCUUCCUGCUUUAAAUUUUGCUAUUUCAAAGAUGAGAGCUCUGUUCUCUGGAGAACCAUCCAUGACCCUCAAAGUUGUUCCUUUCCUUCUACUAGGAGCAGAAUACGGCCACUUAAUUACCAUCUGGAGGCUGUGUGUCAUUGGAUUUUUUGUCAGCUUCAGUGUUCCAAAGCUUUAUUCUAGCUACACUGUUCAGAUAAAUCAGAGAGCUGAGUGCUUGAAAUUACGGUUGUUGGACACAUGGAGUGCUUGCACUCACAAGAAGAAAGUCAUAGCAUCGGUUCUCAUGGCCUUCUGGAAUCUAUCUUCAAUAAAAACUCGAAUCUUCACAACUUUUAUAUUGCUUGUACUAUUCAGAUAUUUAAGGCAGCAUAUGGUGCUACAAUUUGAAGAUGGAGAAGCACAAGUAGGCGAGAUGGAACAGCAACAAGCUUUGGUGGUGGCAGAACCAGAGGAAAAGGAAUCACAACAAGCAUUAGUGGUUAGGGAACAAGGGUGCCAAAACUAGCACCUUGGUUCAUUCAUCCUUCCAUUUUGCACCUGUAUAAAAUGUGAUGUUUUUUUUUUGUCCCUAUUUGUUUAAACAUAAUCAAGAGUCACUGAAGUUAACUUCAUCCAUCUGACUUCCAAUUUCAUUUUGUAUUGAUUUUCAAUAUUCAAUUUUGAGAAACUCAUUGUUCCUGUGCAAGCACUGAUUUUU